CUUUCUUGUAAAAUCUGUUAUGAUCGUUUAUUCAAGUGUGAUGGAACUCUGCUAGCAACUGGAUCCUACGACGGCUAUGCAAGAAUCUGGAUGACCGACGGCCGGUUAGCGUCGACCUUGGGCCAGCAUAAAGGUCCUAUUUUUGCACUAAAGUGGAAUAAAAAAGGCAACUAUAUCUUGAGUGCUGGAGUUGACAAGACUACGAUCAUCUGGGAUGCAUCCUCAGGACACUGCACGCAACAGUUUGCCUUCCACUCGGCUCCCGCCUUAGAUGUAGAUUGGCAAACAAACACAUCAUUUGCCAGUUGUUCUACUGACCAGUGCAUACAUGUUUGUCAGCUGGGUCAGGAUAAGCCAAUAAAAUCCUUCCAGGGACACACCAAUGAAGUCAACGCCAUCAAGUGGGACCCACAGGGUAAUCUUCUUGCUUCGUGUUCUGACGACAUGACUCUCAAGAUUUGGUCAGGAUACAUGUGUUACGACCUACAAGCGCACAGUAAAGAGAUCUACACCAUCAAAUGGUCACCAACUGGACCUGGUACUAAUAACCCAAGUAUGAACCUCAUCCUUGCCAGUGCUUCAUUUGACUCUACUGUACGGCUGUGGGAUGUGGAGCGUGGAGCCUGCAUACACACCCUUACUAGACACUCCGAACCAGUAUAUUCUGUGGCCUUUUCUCCUGAUGGCAAGUUCCUAGCAUCUGGGAGCUUUGAUAAAUGUGUCCACAUAUGGUCAACUCAGUCGGGACAACUCGUCCACAGCUACAAAGGAACUGGAGGCAUAUUUGAGGUGUGUUGGAACUCUCGGGGAGACAAAGUGGGAGCAUCUGCAUCAGAUGGAAGUGUCUUUGUUCUGGACUUGCGUAAAUAACUGCAAUUUAUGUGCAUUACCUUGGACUUGAUUUAUUACUGAUUCUGAUGACUGUGACUGUCAUCACAAAACUUGGCUGUUGCAACACUGAACUGCAAUUAGUGUCUAUGAAUACACAAAGAAAAUAGAAUAUAAAGAAAAAAUAUUGAUAUUAGUGACAUCAGUAUUGUGAUGGAUCGGGAGGUUUUUAAUGGUUUGAUUCAUUUAUAGUUGAAAUAACUUAUGUCUUUUAAAUUGUGAAUAUCAGGAAGGUUUUAUUGUGUGCCUGGGAAUGGUCGAUUUGUGUUUAUUUUAUGUAACAAUGAUUCUCAGUGAAUUAGUUAUCAUUGUUAAAUGUUGCUACACUGUGUGUAGUUCAAGUACUGUACUUACCCACAACCACCAUAAUAUACUGUACCUGGGUUAACUUGAUACACCAAUAACAGCCAUCUAAAUUCCUCCCACAGCUGUCAGGUUCCUGAGAGACAAGAACUGUCAGACCAGAGCUGUCAGCUUCCUGUCAGACCAAAACUGUCAGCUUCCUGUCAGACCAGAACUGUCAGCUUCCUGUCAGACCAGAACUGUCAGCUUCCUGUCAGACCAGAGCUGUCAGCUUCCUGUCAGACUAGAGCUGUCAGCUUACUGUCAGACUAGAGCUGUCAGCAUACUGUCAGACUAGAGCUGUCAGCAUACUGUCAGACUAGAGGUUUCAACAUUACACUGGGUGGAGAGGAUGGUGUACAGCUUGACACUCUUGUUUAGUGUCUGUUUCUUGUUUUACUGUUAUAUCCUGGUAAGAGAGCCAGCUUUACCUUCACUUAGUUGUGAACAGAACAAAUUUACAUCCGAGUGUAGAAUGUCGGUUCACAAAAUGAAAAUAAAAGAAGACCAGUGUAUGGUCAAUCAGUACCUGUUAUUUCAGCCAAGACCUAUGAAGCUUGUGGUGCGACAGACAGCAGUAGUGUUACACUGAAGUGGCCACUCCGCAUUAAGGCUCAUAACACCGAAGAAAAAAAAGUGUAAAGUGUGUCAGAGUUUCAUUGAGUUUAAAUGUAUCGUGGAUUUGAAAGGAAUAAUCUCGUAAUUAUUUAUAAAUACUGUAUUAGACAAGUUGUGUAAUAUGUAUCUUUGUCAUCAGUGAUAUUUUCUUAGGUUAAAUAUACAAGAAACUGAAAUACUUGCCUGAUUCAACUAACUCUAUUGUAUUUCACACUAAGAUUUUUUGUUAGGACUUCAUGGCAUUAUAUUUCAGGAAUAUUAUCCCUAAAAGUGCAAAUUUCCCGAGAUAGUGUGAGGUUUGGGACGUUCAUUCCUGUGGUUGUGGCAAUUGACUGCUGUGAGCUAAUUUUUGGGCUUCAAUAUUAUUUUCCAAAUUCAUGUAGGAAAUAUUUCUUAAAUUUUAACAAAGGCUCAAUAACAAAAUAUUGUCACAAAUUUAUGUAUAAUUUACUUUAUAAUUCCUUAAUCUAAUAAUCUUUAUCUUUGUACCUACAAUUAUUUUAGAAUGAAGAAA